AUGGCAGCGGAUUUUGACCUUUCAUCCUCGUUCAUCCCAGCAUUGCACAAGCCAUCUUCUCUUCUUCCAAUAGCGCGCCAUCGUAAGAACAUUCUGUAUUUGAUAGAUACCUUCCCUGUCACCAUAAUUGUUGGGCAGACCGGAAGCGGAAAGACAACCCAGGUUCCUCAAUUUUUAAAUCAAGCACGAUGGACUGCAGACGGGAAAGUGAUCGGGGUCACCCAACCUCGCCGUGUCGCUGCAACAACAGUCGCCGCUCGAGUAGCGGAGGAAGUUGGCUGCAAGCUUGGUGAAGAAGUAGGCUACUCGAUCAGAUUCGAGGACCUCACUAGUGUCAAGACCCAUAUCAAAUUCGUGACCGAUGGUUUAUUAUUACGCGAGGCCUUGGCUGAUCCUCUCCUAUCCAAGUACUCUGUUGUGAUGGUAGAUGAGGCGCAUGAACGAUCGCUGAGUUCUGAUAUUCUGCUUGGCGUCUUGAAGAAGAUCCGGAAGAAGAGGCCAGACUUACGCAUUGUUGUCAGUAGUGCUACGUUACAAGCUGAGGGUAUCCUCAACUUUUUCUCGAGCAAAACGCACGCCAUAGAUGGAAGCGACACACAGCUAGCCAUUGGCAGAAUAAUCAGUCUUGAAGGACGAAUGUAUCCCGUCGACAUUCACUACCUCAGAGACCCAGCAGAAGACUACUUAGAAGAAGUCGUCAAGACAGUGUUCGAGAUUCACUCCAGCGAGCCAGAAGGCGACAUUCUCGCCUUCCUGACCGGCCGUGAAGAAAUCGACGUCGCCCUCAAGAUGAUCACUGACCGUUCUCUCGCUCUCCACCCAAAAGCCCCGUCUGUCCUGGCUCUUCCACUCUACGCUGGGCUCACAAGCGAGCAACAGCUUUCCGUCUUCGACCUUGCCCCGGAGAACACCCGCAAGGUGAUUGUCUCGACAAACAUUGCUGAAGCUUCCGUGACCAUAGACGGCAUAAUCUAUGUAAUUGAUUGCGGCUUCGUGAAACUUCGUGCCUACAAUCCUCUCACAGGGAUUGAAACGCUGACUCCCACCCCAGUCUCAAAAGCUUCAGCGAUCCAAAGAGCGGGACGCGCUGGCCGCACAAAGCCGGGAAAAUGCUACCGUCUCUAUACCGAAAGGGCUUACGACGCGCUCACUGAAGCCACGGUGCCCGAAAUCCAGCGCUCAAACCUGGCGCCUGUGAUUUUGCAGCUGAAAGCUCUGGGUAUUGACAACAUUCUCCGCUUCGAUUUCCUUACUCCGCCGCCAGCGGAACUUGUCACUCGCGCACUCGAGCUCUUGUAUUCUCUCGGCGCUCUCGAUGAUUACGCCAAGCUCACUCGGCCAAUAGGUAUCCGGAUGGCUGAACUAGCGGUUGAGCCGAUGAUGGCGAAAGUCCUGCUGGAAGCACCAAGCAUGGGCUGUUUGAGCGAGAUCCUCUCCAUAGCCGCGAUGACCAGUCUGCAAGGCUCGGUAUGGUUCGAAGGUAGCGAUGGACGGAAAGGGCAGGAAACGAGUAGGAGGAAAUUUGCGGCUGAAGAGGGCGAUCACUUAACAUUGUUGAAUGUCUAUGAGACGUUUAUUACGAAAGGAAGGAAGGAGAGCCGAUGGUGCAGGGAGAAUCAUCUAAACUUCAAGAGCAUGACAAGGGCUGUCAGUGUGAGGAACCAAUUAAGACGGUAUCUGGAGCGGCUGGGUGUACAAGUGGAGGAGUCACUGGCCCCUGGACAGAAGCAGAAAGUGGACGGCAAUGAUCGAGCGGUCCGAAUUAGGAGAUGCUUGACCACGGGAUACUUCGUGCAUGCGGCGAGAAUGCAACCGGACGGGACUUUCAAGACCGUGAAUGAGAGUGUGACAUUGCAUGCGCAUCCAAGCUCGCUCAUGUUUAAUCGAAAGGCGGACUGGGUAAUUUUCCAUGAGCUUAUGGAGACGGGGGAGAAGACCUUUAUCAGGGAUGUCACCAAGAUUGAGAAGAAUUGGCUGUUGGAGGGGGGUAGCGGGGAGUACUAUCAAUUAAAAGAUGGAAGCAGGUCAAAGACAGCCGGUGUGUAA